GAGAGAGAGAGACUGAGAAGCUCACUGAUAUACGCUGAUUUUGAGGAGAGAGAGAGAGAGAGAGAGAGAAGAGUACCUCACAAGACUUGCACAGAUAUAGACGAAGACCUUCUCUCAUUGUCUUAUAUCUCUCUUGCUUCUUCUUCAAUCUACCAUCUUUCAUCUCUGAAGGAAGAACAAGUCCCUGAGAAACCCAGAUCAAUCUCAUGUCUCAGCAUUCAAACUAUCAAAUGGCCACUGCUUUCGAUUACUAUUCAACAAAACCGGUGUUGUCAGGGAUUAAGAGCCACAAACUCAUCUCUGGUGUCUUUGAAGGCAAGUGUCCAUCUGAUUAUGAAUCUGCUUGGAGUCCAACUUCUCCUUUGGAUUUCAGAUUGUUCUCCAGUUUUGGGAAUCCUUUUGGUUCUUCUUCUUCAAGAUCUAUCUGGAAAGGGAAACAAAAGAGCUGGGAUUCUGGUAAAGUAGGCUUGAGCAUUCUGCAUUCUCUUGAUGAUGAUGACCAUCACACUGAUUCAUCAAGGAUUGUUUUACCAUCAGUUGAUAGUAAAAACAUAAUCUUUGGGUCUUUGAUGAGAAGUGGAAACCCCAAAUGCCAGAAUCCUCAUCUGCUCUCUCAACCUUUUGCUAAAGCUUUGAUGCCCAAUGUUGUUUUUGAGAUUGGACAUGAUGUGAUUGAUGUGGUUGAGCUUCGAAAAUCUGGCUCGGUUGAUGCUGCUGGGAACUCCAUUGUGAACAACAAUGCUUGUCAGGUGAUAGAGGAAGCCCCAGGAUCACUUAAUGGGCGUACUGAAAGUGACAUUGAGAUCUCAGAGGACUACACUUGUGUAACUCAACAUGGUCCUAACCCCAAAACCACCCAUUUUUACGGGGAUCAGGUUCUGGAGUCCGUAGAGCACAAUGAGUCAAACAACCGUUGUUGCAGAAACAAGAAAGAGAGCAUUUUUGCAAUUGCUUCUCCCGACUUGACAACACCUGUUGAUGUGUUACCUCCCAGUGACUUCUUGAGCUUCUGCUACGGCUGUAACAAGAAGUUGGGUUUGGGGAAAGAGAUAUACAUGUACAGAGGAUACAAAGCGUUCUGCAGUAGUGAGUGUCGUUCAGAGGAGAUAUAUCAGGAUGAGGAAUUGGAGGAUGAAGAAGAUGAAGACGCAAUCAAGUCUGUCUCGUCUUCAGACAAGGACCUGUCUAAGAAGCAGAGUAACGGUGUGUUCUUCACCGUCGGCUGACUCCAAUGCGCUCACCAUUUCCAUGAUCGAUUUGAGUCCAAGAAAAGAGGAAAAGUAGAAGCUUGAGCUGAUCCUCUGUUCAAGAAAAAGAGCUGUUGGUUUCUUUAAACCGAGGCGGCCAUGGAUGAUCGUUUUUGUAUAUUGCUCUUAUGCUUCUGCUACCUACCAAAAAAAAAUACUUUUGGUCUCAUCUUUCAUGGUUUUGGUGGGUGAUUGAUCGGGCUUAUGGAUAUUUAUAAGUUUAUGGUUCAUUUAUUCAUAUAUGAUAAUCUUAAUUUAUAUAAGAGGAGGGUAGCAGCCGGUUUAUGUGGCUCCCCUCCGGUUCUCUC